UAUCACGGAUCCUCAUUUCGCUCCACACAUCCGAACUCAGCUCUCAUCAGCCCAUCCCUUCAGUCGCUGCCUUUACUGACCGACUGAGGAGCCGCUACACAUCACAAAAUGCCAAAGUUGCCAGUGUCUCUGCUGGUCGUGCUUGCGGCUGCAGUGUGUGUGAUUCAUGCACAGGAGAGGUUUAAGAUUUGUGGGAGAGAUCUCAUACGUCUGGCUAUCUCCACCUGCGGUAGCUCCCGCCUAAGGCGAAGCGUCCUGGACGUAGAACCGGGCCAACAUCAGGUCACUCCUCUCUGGGACCAUGAUGCCUCCACAGAGGAGUUGUGGGCAACAGAGACUGAUGAGGGCAACAAAGAUGUCUUCUCCGUGGCUCCUCACCAGUACCCCCUGUCCUCUCGGAUCAGACGAGCUUCUGGAAGAAUAUCUGAUAUCUGCUGCCAUAAAGGAUGCAGCAUGAGAGAGCUGAUACAGUUUUGCUAGAUCUAGCACACUUAAAAAAAACUGCCUUGAAGAGUUGUGGCAUGUGCCGCAAGUUUGUUUCAAGCGUGCUUUACUUAGUUGCCUAAUUCUUGAGAAGUCAGAUUCAAUUAUUUUGCUGUAGCUCCAAUGGUGUGGCGUUAUGGCAAACACUGCGCACCAGUAAUUAUAGAUGUCAUGUCAGGACAAAUGAUACAAUCACAAUGUACACAGGCUUUGCGAAGAGACUGUCGAAUUGAAAUGGUUCAUUUUGUACUAAAAUUAUUUAUUCUCUCUUCAUCAUUGUAGAAAAAAACAUUUAAUUGCAACCCUCACACUAGACUGCAAUAAAGCUUUUGAUGCCUAUUCAUGAAA